UUAUUUCCAAAUGUGGAGUUCCGUGCUGGAGGAGCAGCAGAUGAAGAAGUGUUCCUCUGGAGAUGUCGUUAGCUGGGAAGGCGAUUACUGGUCCUUGAACGGCGCAACACUUGAGUCCGACCAUCGCCAAGAUUGUGGGUCACGUGACUUUAACUAUACAUCUUUAGCUCCACCACUGACAAGCAAAGCCCCUGACCCCUCAGUCACAGUGUCUCCUUCCAGGUCUGAUGAAGCCACACCCAAAGCAGAACCUACAGCAUCAACAGCUGAUGGGGUGCCUUCUAACUCUUAUGUGAAAAUACCAACCUCUGACAGAGAUGGAACAACACAUCAAGAGGAGUUGACUGCAUCCACCUCUCGACCCAAUGGAGCUACCCCUCCGGGCGUCGCAACACAACCCACCUGGUACAUGCCAACUUCUCAUUAUGCUGAGACAGCUCCCAAAAGCACCUGGACUGUGCCCACCUCCAAACCUACCCAGGUUUCUUCAACCUCUAGAUACGGUGGGACGACACAUCAGGCUUCUGAAACCGUAUCUGUUCCUCAUCUUACCAAUACAAAACUUAUCACUGAAUCGAAAGCAUCAACCAUCGAUAUAAAUGCCAAGACCACGCUGGAGACUUUUUGGUCUACACCAGCACCCACAGGAACCAUGCCAGUUUCAGUAACGUUCUAUAACAUCCAGAUGAACUUCUCUGUGUUCUCCAAUCCUCCAGAGACAUUUGAUUACUACGAUGUUAAGAAGCUCUCAACAAAGUGGUUGAUGAGUUUAUUCCAUGGUUCUGAAUUUGUUGUUACAAACCAUAACAUCAAGGCAAACGCUCGAGUCCCUAUUCCACAAAGGAGGGAGCGCAUGAGAACUGGGAGAGAUGAGAAGCAGGCUCCUGAAAGCUUUUCCUCAAAGUCUGUCAUCAAGGCCACAUCUGACCAACCCAGAGAAAACAUCAGGGAAAUGUUACAGACUGCCUUGAAUGGCAAUCAUACUGAGAAGCCUCUUUCAAUGGAAUCUAAAGGUGUCGCCGUUGUUUACUUAGACCCAAAGACGUGCUCUCAGCACACACCACCAUCCAACUACAAGGGGACCUACGAGUGGCCAAAGACAGCUCCUGCCACUGUGGCAUCUCAGCCCUGCAAGAUGAACAGAGACCAAUUUGCUACCAGAGCAUGUGUGAUUAAUAUCAACACGGGAAAUGCUUAUUGGAGGAGACAAAACCUGACUGUGUGCCAGCUGGUGCAAACGCUACCUAAUACUAUCAUGGAACUGAAAAACAUGACCAUCACAGUGGAAAACGCUGAGGAAGUGGCAGAUCUCAUUUUGAUUCUGCUGAAUUCUUCUAAGCUGAGUAAGGAAAAAAUCGAGGUCCUUGUGAGCAAGCUCACUGAAAUUGCCAACUGUGAGGAGAUCAGCGAGGCGCUGGCGAGGAAAGCAUUACAAAUAAUAGAUAUCAUUCUGACACAGGCUACCAACGCUCAGGGCUUGCAAGGACAGAUCAACAGCAUUUUAAAGGUACUGGAACAAAUAGGUUUCAAGCUGAACUUCAGUGGGAAAAGUGAGUCCAUCGUUCUCCCAAGGCUGGCUUUGGCUCUCAUGCGCCCAGAUCCCAUGAAUUUCAAGGGAGUUGCUUUUGGGGUCAUAUCCUAUGACUCUGCAAUGGAUCCACAGAUUGAUAUCCGCCAGGCACCCUUUGAAACGGCCCUGGCAUCCAUAUUUUUGCCAGAACUGCUGAAGGAUUACUUGGAGGCCCAGUCCUUUGAGCCAGAAGAUCACACAAAGAUCCAGUUUUCUUUCUUCGGAACAACUUCGCCGUUUCAGGAAAAGAAUAAAAAACUGAUCACCUAUGUUGUGGGCGCCAGUGUUGAAAAUGUGGUUGUUCAAAACCUCUCGGAGCCAGUGAAUAUAAUUCUGCAACAUAUAAACUCAACGACGGGCAAUGAGUCUGUGCACUGUGUAUUUUGGAACUUUAAGAAGAACGAUAACCAAGGAGGCUGGGAUACAUCAGGGUGUGAGGUGCAGCGCACAAACGCAAAUUACACAAUCUGCAACUGCAGCCACCUGACCCAUUUUGGAGUCUUGCUGGACGUAUACCGGACGGGAUGUGAGGAUAAGAUUUUAACAUUGGUCUCCCACGUGGGAUGUGGCUUUUCCUCCAUCUUCCUCGGCUUGGCUCUAGUGGUGUACCUUUCCAUCGACAAGCUCCGUGGGGACGACCCAUCCAGAAUCCUCGUCCACCUCUGCUCUGCGCUGCUGAUGCUCAACCUCACCUUCCUGCUGGACUCCUGGCUGGCCUCUUUCCAGGUGCGCAGCCUCUGCAUCGCCGUGUCCGUGGCUCUCCACUACUUCCUGCUGGCUGCCUUCACCUGGAUGGGCCUGGAAGCCGUCCACAUGUACUCUGCGCUGGUCAGGGUCUUCAACACUUACGUCCCGCAUUACAUGCUCAAGGUUUCCCUGGCUGGCUGGGGAAUUCCUGCGGUCAUCGUUUCCACGGUUCUCAUUAUAAGCAGAGACUUCUAUGGGGUUUUAAGCGACCCCCUAAGCAGCAGUCCAGUCACACCUUUUUGCUGGAUCCGUGAUGACCUUGUGUUUUACAUCUCUGUGCUGGCCUAUUUCUGCUUGGUGUUCCUGAUGAACACCAUCAUGUUCAUCGCGGUCCUUCUGCAGAUUCACACCAUGAAAACGAAGAGUCCUGGCCGAGUCAGCAGCUGGAACCACAGCUUCCUCCACAGCUUGAAGCGAGUGGCCAGCUUAAUGGUCCUGCUCAGCUUAACGUGGGGUUUUGCCUUUUUCUCGCUGGGGUCCAUGCAGACAUUGUUCUCCUACCUCUUUGCCAUUUGCAACACCUUCCAAGGAUUCUUCAUUUUCGUGUUCCACUGUCUCAUGAAGGAGAACGUGAGGAAACAAUGCCGAGUGCAUUUCUGCUUGGGAAAGUUCCGGCUCAGCUGUUCUGAUUGUAGCAGCUCUGCCGCAACUCUGGGGUAUCACCAUCACUCGCAGAGGACGUCACCCCAUUCUCUGAAGUCGCAGAGCUCUUGUACCACCAGCUCCAUAUCGAAUGGUUCAGGAAGCUUACCAGGGACUGCUCCUGAGACUGAUGAAGUUUUGCACAGCACCCGCCACGCAUCCUUUACUCACCAGAAGGUCAGGCUUCCUCACGUGAGGAGAAUGUCACCAAUGGAUGCAGAGCUUCACUGCACUCAGAAAACGAGUUUUUUGCCUUGAGGGCCUGUCUGGUUCU